GUUGGUCGGAACUUGUGGGAUCUGAGAAUUGAGCGCCCCCAACAACGAUUCACAUUAAACACGUCACUGAAAAUUGCGGAACAAUGCCUUGAAUCAAUUGAGCAUUUGCACACGGUUGGAUUCCUGCACAGAGACAUAAAACCAGGCAAUUUCGCGAUUGGGCGACCGGAAGCAAACGAACAUCACACUGUUUUCAUGCUCGAUUUUGGACUGUGCAGGCAGUUCAGUUCGGGGAGCAAAGAUUUACGACUACCACGUGCUUCAGCCCCAUUCCGUGGUACCACUCGUUAUGCAUCAAUUGCGGCGUUGCGACAAAUGGAACAGUCUCGAAAAGACGAUGUCGAAUCAUGGUUGUACAUCACCGUCGAGUGGACUGCUGGCUCUUUGCCCUGGAGAAAGCUGAAGGGGCCCGAUAAAGAGGAGGUGUUACAGUGGAAAGAAGAGGUGCGCGAGGGCGAAGCGAUGGAUGAUUUCUUUAAAGAUUGCCCGAAACGAGAAUUUUCAACAAUAAUGAAGUAUAUCGAUUCGCUAGAGUACGAAAGCAUCCCGGAUUAUGAUCAUAUCUACUACUGUAUACAACACGCUGCCAAGGCGCAUCAUAUAGCACCGGACGAUCCGCUUGAUUGGGAUCCAGCACAUAAGUACCAUGGGCCAAUGAUAAAUCUCAACGAACGUCGAAACAGGAAAGACGAUAGGCACCUGGUCACCGCACGAACACAACGUUCCACUUGA